CAGGGCCGCAGCUGGCCUCGUUCUGAGUGCCGCCGCCGCCGCUUUGAGGCGGCGUAGAAUGAGGCCCGCGGCUGCGGCCGCGGCUCCGGCGUUGGCAGGGGCAGCAGCCGCUGAGGCAGCAGCUGAGGUGACCGCGACGGGCGCGCCCCCACCCUUCUGACCUGGAUUAGGCCCAGCAGCUCCGUGGCCGCCGCCGCCCCUUGGGGGGGCGGGGUGGGGAAGUGCUUCGUCUUCCCGCCCCCCCCAUUCUUCGCUCAGCCGGAGGCGACCGCCGCGACCCCAGUAGAGCCCGCGACCCGGCCUUGAGCCCCCACCGCCGGGGUCUGGCAUGAGCGGCGCUUCGGCGGCGCUGGGGAACGGAGGAGCCGCCGCCGCCUGAGCCCCGGCCUGCUGCCCGACCCCACCUCGCUGACAGGCUGACCGCGGAGCGUGCGAACGACCCCGCCACGUUCUUCCGCCCCCAUAUCACACGCCCAGCCCCAGAAGAUGGGGAACUGCCUCAAAUCCCCCACUUCGGAUGACAUCUCCCUGCUUCACGAGUCUCAGUCUGACCGGGCUAGUUUCGGCGAGGGGACGGAGCCGGAGCAGGAGCCGCCGCCGCCAUAUCAGGAACAAGUUCCAGUUCCAGUCUAUCAUCCAACACCUAGUCAGACUCGCCUAGCAACUCAGCUGACCGAAGAGGAACAAAUUAGGAUAGCUCAAAGAAUAGGCCUUAUACAACAUCUGCCUAAAGGAGUUUAUGACCCUGGAAGAGAUGGAUCAGAAAAAAAGAUCCGGGAGUGUGUGAUCUGCAUGAUGGACUUUGUUUAUGGGGACCCAAUUCGAUUUCUGCCAUGCAUGCACAUCUAUCACCUGGACUGUAUAGAUGACUGGUUGAUGAGAUCCUUCACGUGCCCCUCCUGCAUGGAGCCAGUUGAUGCAGCACUGCUUUCGUCCUACGAGACUAAUUGAGCCAGGGUCUCUCAUCUGACUUCAAGUGAACCAUCAUUUUUGGUGGUUUUGAUCUUUUGUCACUGAGCCCAAAGAGCCAGGGAUUAGGAAUUAAGAUCAUGCACAAAAGUUUUCCUAAAAAUUCCUGAAUGGCUGCAGAUGUUGGGGGAAAGUACGUCAUAUUUUAGAAACUUAGGGGAAAAGUAGGAUGGUAUUUUUAUGUAAAGCCUUGACCCAGUGUUUAAAAAUAUAAUUGUAUUUAGAUCUUGUUAUCGCUCCAGUACAUAGGAAUUGUGUAAAGUGCUACAGCAACUGUAUAUGUUUAAAUUGUGUGUGUUGAAGAUUAGGAAAAAGAUAGUGGUUGUUUUCCCUAAAUGAAACAACUUUCUUUUUACCCCUGCCACCCAAAUUCUUUUCCGAAGUUGCUGGCAUUUGGGUCAAGGUUUUAUUAAAAGCUACAUUUUAUAACACUGGCACAAAAAAAAAGUAGUUUUAAGCUUGUUUGCACAGUUAUUUUUUUCCAUUGGAAAUGGAAUUCAUUGCCUUAGGUCUUUUUAAAUAGUGUAUUAUUAUCGUUGGGGCUGGCUCUAUGCUUGAAAACCAGUUUAUUUAUAACCUGUUACAAGUGCUAUAUCUGUUUGCAGUUAGGAAAUGCAGAAUUCAAAGUUAUCUCCUAGCUUGUAAGCAAACUGAGAUGCACUAUCCCUUUUCUAUAAAAAAAUAAGUUAAUGUCAGAAAACCAACACUAAUAAAGUGGGGUUUAAUAUUACCCUUUCCUAUGUUUUAUCUAAUUAUUUUCGUUGUUAAUAUGGUGAUAAUUGAAAGUCAAGGUGAAGUUUUAAGUAUUAAGAUUUCUGAUUUAUUGAGUUUGAUAAUGCCACCAUGCUUAAGUAAAAAUGAAAGUGGAACCAUGAAACUGAAAAGUUUCUCAGUUGUAUCAGUUUUGAUUUAUUCUUUCCUGUAACCUCCUGUUGUCUUGAACCAUAGCAAAAGGAUACUGCAUCUCUUAUUAUCGUAGUGCUGAGGUUAUUGAAGUUAUAUAAAACACAUCUCCAUCUUUGUUUCUUGGAAAGGAUAAGUCCUGCCAGGUGACUGACAAGUCUAAUAAGCAGGGAAGAAUUAAGAGAAAUAUAUUUCAUGUUUUGCACACAAAUGCAGAAUUUGUAUAACCACAUGACUUCACAGUUGUGAUCUCAAAAGAAGGAAUUUCUCCUUUAUCUUUUUCUUGAGGUUAAUGUAAGAACACUCUGAAUCUCUAAGCUUCUGAAGUGUUAGAGGUAGAAAUGGUCUAGUAAGAUGUAGUUGUAGUGUUUUAUCCAUUUAGCAUGUGUUUAUUUUUCCUUAUGUACUCAAAGUAUUUGUUCAGAUCAGUGAUAUUACAGCUAAAAAAUCAUUCAUUAGCAAAAGUAAUCUCAACCUAACAAAUUGGAAAUGUUUCUUAUAUUGAGUUGAAUAUUUGACUCUAACACUUUUCUACAUACAAAAAAAAAAUCUUGAAGGUUCUUCAUAAUUGCAUUAUAGAGGAAUUUAGUAUGUCAUAAAUACUUUAUAAAGAUUUGACAGUCGACUGUAGUAUCCAUAUGUUGGUUAAUUUUCUUAUAAGUCCAUGAUGGAAAGACUUAAAAAAUGAAUUUGGGAAAAAACUGAAAGAAAUUAGAUUAUCAGGUUCUGUUAAAUUGUUAUAUGUAUCUCACUUAAGUUUUUGUUCAUUAAUUUAUGUCCAUCCAAUUACAUAAAGCAAAUUUGGAGGAAACACCUGAAGUUGUGCAAUAUUUUCAGCGAUACUACUUUUUUUUAUCCUUGUGUUUUCUACUUAAACAUGAUGUCUGUCAUCAAGUAUUAUAGUCAGACUCUUUUUUCCUAGAUUGUUAAAAUUGGUAAAUGAAUUUUUUUUUUAAAUCAU